AAGAAAAAAUGACAUUUUUAUUCUAUAUCCAAAUGAAAUGAAACUAGUAUCUAUUUAUAGAUCAUUAAAAAUACUAAAUGUUAGUAUCAUUUUUAUUUUUAUUUUAAAUUAUUUUAUUAUAAAUCAAUUAAGUUUAAAUUAUUGGGUGAAAAUAAAGAGGAACAAAAACUAGAUAACCAAUAAUAAUAGAACAUGUGUUAGAGUGAGACCAAUUGUUUUGCUUUAAACUAGUUGAGAAGAUUCAAAACUUGUGAAUCCAUGUGUGAUUUCUUGCAAUUCAACACUUGCCUUACAAUGGUCUAAACAGUCAAACCAAUUAUUCAACAACCCAUUAUUGAUAGUUUAAAAAGACGACAUGUCACACUAACAAUUAUGACAUAACUUAUGACUAACUGUGACAUGGACAAUCACAUUAAAUGUUUAUUUAUAUUUUUAGUAAACUUUUUAAAAUAUGACAAUAACUCAUAUAUCAUCAUUAAAGUAAAUAGUAAAUAAUAUAAUAAUAAAAAUAAAUCAGCAUUUUACAAAUUUUGAAAUAUUAUUUAAUUCUAUUUUUACAAUUAUAUAGUUUUUAUUACAAAAAAAUUCUUCAAAAUUAUAUGCAAUUUUUUUUUAAAAAAAAUAUAUAUAAAUUUUUAUCCUAAUGCCAUUAUUUUCCUUUUGUUAUCUACAAAUUAAUUUUAGAAAUACUAUUUAGUUUAACUUUUUGAUAAUUAUACAAUUUUCUAUCAGAUUUUUAUACUAUGCGUGAAUAAUCUAUAAAAAAUUUACUUGAGGAAGGCAAAGAGUAACUAACUUUUCGUAUAAUCUAGUCACACAAAUAAAAUCGUGUUUCCUCCUUCAGCCUUUUUAUCGUUGAAAUAUUUUAAUAAACAUUGAACGUUCUUCACAAGCUAUGUGAUUGUACAUAUUUAUUUAUAUGAUUUUGUUUGAAAAUUAAGAUUUGAAUAUACAUAACUAUUAUUUCUCUAACGAUCCAUUAGUAAGAGCUUAUUAGUCGACAUGUGGUCAAUGUCAUGUGUUAAAGUUUAAAGAUUCAAAAUUUUAAAAUAAUACAAUAAUAGUUAAUAAUCACUAUAUAAGAAGGCCAAGCCAUGUUUGGAUAUUGCCAUUGACGUGAGUCAAAUCAGAGAGUUCCGGCACAGCCAAAUAUCAAAUUGGCUGAAAACGCCAUACAAAUAGAAGGUUUGUUUGUUUUUUACUCACAUAAAUUAGCACUAUAUCAAUAUAUAUUUUUGGCAUUCCCUAUUAUGCUGAGCGGUUUCACCAAAGGCAUCUCCAAUGGUCUAACUAGCAACUUGUACGUACAACUCAAUAAUAUUGUGAGCCGAGUGUGCAACUUUUUGGUUUCAGGUGAGCUAAGGUAAGAGAACCAAAUAUGAGUUUGUGCUCUGAUCUCUGCGACAAAUUAGACGAGAAUGUUUUGGAAGAGUUGACGUCCAAUGUGAAGCAAGUACAAGACAAUGUAUUGGAGGAGAUACUCACACUUAAUGCUGGAACUGAGUAUCUUAGGCGUUUUCUCCAUGGGAGUUCUGAUAAGGAGCUUUUUAAAAAGAACGUUCCCGUGACGACGUACGAAGAUGUAAAGCUUUAUAUCGGCCGUGUUGCAAAUGGAGAGCCCUUUGAUGUUAUUUCUGGGAAACCCAUUACCGGUUUCCUACUAAGUUCCGGAACUUCUGGAGGAAAACGGAAGAUGUUUCCUCGUAACAACAAAUACUUGGAAAACUUGAAAUUCAUCUAUUUUUACCGCUCGCUCGUUAUAACCAAGCAUAUCGAUGGUCUUGAGCAUGGAAAGGGAAUGGUGUUUAACUUUUGUACACCAGAGCAGAAUACUCCCUCUGGUUUGCCAGCUUCGUCUGCGACGACGAGCUUCUUCAAGAGUGAUUACUUCAAGAACCGACCAUCAUAUUGGCAUUGGUCAUUCACAAGUCCUGACGAAGUCAUAUUGUGUUCAGACAACAAACAGAGUUUGUAUUGUCAUCUCCUGUGUGGUAUAGUUCAAAGAGACGAGGUUGUGAAGGUUGGUGCCGCCUUUGUUUCUAUCUUGGUCCGUGCAAUUACUUUUCUUGAAAAAUUUUGGAAAGAAAUUUGCACUAAUAUCCGUUGUGGUCAUCUUAGCGAAUGGAUCACUGAUAUUAGCUGUAGGGAUUCUGUAUCAAAGACCCUUGGAGAACCUAAUCCUGAAUUGGCUGAUCUCAUCGAAAAUGAAUGCAACCAAAAAUCAUGGGAAGGUAUAAUUCCAAGACUUUGGCCUAAAACCAAAUUCAUCGAAAGCAUUGCGACAGGCCAAAUGGCUCAGCACAUCCCAACAUUAGAGUUUUACUCUAACAAUCUGCCUUUGAUUUCUUCAAGUUAUGUUUCUUCGGAAACUAUGUUUGGGAUUAACAUGAAUCCUUUGUGCAAACCACAAGACGUGUCAUACACAUUUAUGCCUAACUUCUCAUAUUUCGAGUUCUUACUUGUUGACGCGGGUGACAAAGUAGAAAUUGUUGAUCUUGUGGAUGUCAAGUUAGGGAGCCAUUACGAGCCGUUGGUCACAAAUCAUUCUGGCCUACACAGACAUAAGAUGGGUGAUGUUUUACAAGUGACUGGAUUUUACAAUAGUGCACCUCAGUUUAGGUUUGUGCGGAGAGGAAAUUUGGUUCUGAGCGUUCAUUUGGAGAUAACUACAGAUGAAGAUCUUUUAAAUGCGGUGACACAUGCAAAGAUGGUUCUUGAAUCAUCAAAUUUGAUGUUGAUUGACUUUACAAGCUAUGCUGAUGUAUCUACUACUCCAGGUCAUUAUGUUCUCUACUGGGAACUCAAAGGCAAAUACAACAAUGACAUUGCUGAAAUUGAUAACAAGGUUUUAGUAGAAUGUUGUUACGUGGUGGAAGAGUCCUUGAACAAUUUUUACAAAGAAUUUAGGAGCAAAGACGGAUCAGUUGGAGCUCUAGAGAUAAGGGUGGUGCAACAAGGAACUUUCGAAUCUCUUAUGGAGUUUUUCAUUACCCAAGGUGCUUCUUCAACUCAAUACAAGACACCCAUUUGCAUCAAAUCUUCCGAGGCAUUAGCGAUCUUAGAAGAAAAAGUUCGAUCUAGGUUCUUUACCGAUAAGGUUCCCUUUCUUUAGACUUUUCGUCAUGAUUUCUAUCAUUUUGCAUGCGUUGAAAUAAAGUUUGUGGAAAAUAACAUGAGAGGAGACAAAACUCAUGCUUUUCAAUCUUAUUUUGAAGUAUACUUUUCAUAUAACUAGUAUUUUAUUAAUAAAACCGAUCACAAUGACAGAUGUCAUAUAGUUUUUAAUAGAGAUUACACAAAGUGCAAAACUUUAAGAAACUCAAAAGAGAAAAAGAUAUAAAAUCUAGCGCUUUGAUAUAUAUUCCAUUGUGAAAGAUUAAAUUAGCCACACACACUUCUAUUAUUGAGCAUGAAGAAAAUGGAGUGAGUGAGUGAGUGAAAACAAUAUCGAAAAUAUCCUGACAUCACACGAGAUGUUGAAAUAGAAUGUGUGUGCUCAUCAUGUUUCAAUGUAUUUUCAAGAAUUUACUUAAGACAACCACAUAUCGCCUAGACAUAAUUAAUAAUUUUUCAAAUUUUGCUUGUCAUCUCUGCAAUCACCGUCACUAAGGGUAUGUACAAUGGUUGUAUAAAUUCAAUAUUCUAAUUUCAUUUUUUCACAAUCCACAUCAUCUUCUCUUUCUUCCACCUAUUAAUUCAACACAUAUAUAAAUUUUGUCUCUACAAUGGUUUUGUUUUAAAAAAUUCAACACCACAAUUUCAAAAUGGACUGUAAUUAAAGUAAAUAUUUUAAAAUGACAUAGUUUUAAUAAUUUUUAUUUUAUAUUUUUAUUCUUUACUAUUUUCAGAAAAUAAUAUUUUUUAAACAAAUAUGAAAUGACAUAAUUGAGUUCAUAAUUAAUAUUAGUAAAAAUAGAAAUUAUAAGAAAAAUUGACAUUUUUAUUCUAUAUCCAAAUGAAAUGAAAUUAGUAUCUAUUAAUUCAACACAUAUAAAUUUUGUCUCUACAAUGGUUUUGUUUAAAAAAAUUCAACACCACAAUUUCAAAAUGGACUGUAAAUAAAGUAAAUAUUUUAAAAUGACAUAGUUUUAAUAAUUUUUAUUUUAUAUUUUUAUUCUUUACUAUUUUCAGAAAAUAAUAUUUAAAUAAUAUUUUUUAAACAAAUAUGAAUGACAUAAUUGAGUUCAUAAUUAAUAUUAGUAAAAAUAGAAAUUAUAAGAAAAAAUGACAUUUUUAUUCUAUAUCCAAAUGAAAUGAAACUAGUAUCUAUUUAUAGAUCAUUAAAAAUACUAAAUGUUAGUAUCAUUUUUAUUUUUAUUUUAAAUUAUUUUAUUAUAAAUCAAUUAAGUUUAAAUUAUUGGGUGAAAAUAAAGAGGAACAAAAACUAGAUAACCAAUAAUAAUAGAACAUGUGUUAGAGUGGGACAAAUUGUUUUGCUUUAAACUAGUUGAGAAGAUUCAACACUUGUGAAUCCAUGUGUGAUUUCUUGCAAUUCAACACUUGCCUUACAAUGGU